CAUGGAGAGAAGUCGGGCGUUUCACACGCUUCGGAGCAUGGUGGUGCAGAAGCUUUUCCAAGGUGCACCAGACUGAAAGCGGCGCAGUUGAGGGUGUUAGUAGAGUCCAGGACUGCAGCGUGAACAGAGAAUCUGUGAUGACCCCCGAGGAAGCGGCGGUGUUUGACGAAAUCGACGACAUCCUGAACGAUGCCAUGGACAGUGAGUGCAGCGAUACAAGUUACAGCUCUGUGCAGCCCACGCUGCCACAGCCGCCUUUGACCCCGCCUCAAAACUCUCAUGCUACUGAGAACCAGCAGCCUUCGAGUCACCUGAUGUCGACGCCAAAACCUGCUAGUCCAAAGGCCUCCACAGGCCAGCGCACAGCCGGGCUUCCUCGCACAAUCAGCUCCUUCCGUAAAGAGCAGCGUGAUGCCACACCUCAGCGAUGCACCUUUGCUUCCACACCAUCAAAGACUUCAAGAGACACUGCACUGGGAGAAGAGGAGCAGUUAUCUCUGGACAACAGGCUAAAGGCUCUACAGGAUAAUGUUCUGGCCCAGCAAACAGUCAUAAGUCAAGCCACCCAGGCACUGAACCUCUGCCAAGCAUCCGCAGAGUUCCUUGGCUCAGCUGAGCAGGUUGAAGGGGAGAAGCUGUUGCUCAUUGCAACUCAGAAGCGGCUGGCCUACCUCAAUGAAAUCCAGCGGCUCAAGGUGGGAGGAGACAACCCAGCAAGCGAGCUUCCCAGGGGCUCUUUAAUGAUCAAGAAGAUCCGGUUUCCCAUCAACAAGGAUGCACUGAAGUCUUCCAGUGGCUUUGUGUACCACUUCCUGUGCAUGGUCCAGUACCGUGGAAAAGUGCACGCAUCUCAGCUCAUCUCGAGUGACACCAUGCGGAGCAGCGAGGAGAACUGCCUGGAGUUUGACAAUGAGAUUGAGUAUUCCAGCAUGGAUGAGGACUUCCAAGUACAGAUCGACUUGUAUGGGCUUAAAACCAUCAGUCCUGUAGUGCCUCAUGACAAGAAGUACCACAUUAAAAAGGAAACAAUAAAGAUGAAGCUGUCUUCCAGGGGCCGGAAAACUGACAGUAUUUUUAUGACUCCAGGAAUUUCCAGUCCUGGUGGUCCAAAUGCUGUGCGCACCUCAUCCUUCCAGAGCCUUGGUUCCUUCGUCCUGACCACAUCAAACUGUCACCAGAGCGUGUUUGCAUUAUCCAAGGUUCCAGGCUCUUUCUGCAUAGAGGGCAAGGCAUUUGUGGAAUUGCAGUUGCACGCUGACCAUGGCUUGGAGCAUCAUGGCUUCCUGACCCUUUUUGAGGAAGUGGGUGGCUUUGGUGCCUGGACACGCCUGUGGUGCCUGCUCAAAGGAAGUCACCUGGUGCUCUGGAGAUACCCUGAGGAAGAAGACAGCAAGCCCCCCAUCGACACCAUAGACCUGCGACAGUGCAUCACCAAGGAAGUGUCACGCCUACCACGGACUGAAUGUGCCCGAGCUCACACUUUCGAGCUCGUCAUUGUGGAGCCCCUCGGUAGUAGACACCGUGACACCUUGACCACCACUCGGCAUGCCACAGUAGCCAUCACUAGGCACCGGCUGUCUGCAGACAGCAAGGAUGACCUGAUCGUUUGGUGUACAGCAUUCAACAGAGUACUGAGCUGCAUUCGAAAAUGGGAUCCUGAAGCAUACAAAGCCAUGGACGUCAAGCAGUUUGUGUGACCUCCCUGUUCUGCAGCCGUCCAUUUACACAACUCGCGGUACCACUCAGGAUGUGCACAAGCCAGGAUGCUUCUGCCGAGCUUUUUUUUUCUUUCUCUAUUCUGCGUGUGCUGUAUUCAGUGCCCCUGUACAUAUCCCAGUAACGUUCUUGUCAAUAUACUCACUAGUAACGUCUUAGUGCUUGUACAGUUCAGCAAGUUCUUCUUGCCUUCCCGUAGACGCAUAGCAAUAAGACCAUUUUAUAUAAUGAAGUGCAUUUCCCUAAAGUGCAUUAUUCCUCCUAAGUCAUAUUUUCUAGUAGGGCUGUGGGAAAGCUGUGUUUGUACUGUAGCAUCAACACAAUAGUCUGCUGCAGCACUUUAUGGGUUGAUUGUGAUUACUAUGUCAUGCAUGGCUAAAAUCUGAGUGUGCUAGGAUGGAUGCAUUCGUCACUCUCCCCUUUAUUUUAGGCAUAAUCGCAUGUGGGUAAUGUUAGGUCAUGUUAAAGGUCAUGUUAAAUGAGCAUGUGCCUGAUACCAAUCACAGGAUCAUUGCUCAAGCGUAAAAUUGUGCUGAAAAUGUACCUCCUUGCUCAAGUGUCAUAAUUGAGGGACCAAUUAAAACAAGCAUUUGUGUUCUGUCGUUAUGUGGUGACCGUUCACUGUUUCUGGCAGUCUGUGUAACAAAGCUGCAGCUACACCGUGAAGCAAGCUGCAAAGCAUGAACGUUUUUGUGACUCUGCCUUUUCAUCUGGGCAAGUGCUUUUGGAACCCGUGCAUGUUAAACCUUUGUGUUGCACAGAGAAAGACAUCUGGCUUGUUUCUGGCAAAUUUGAAAUAAAUCUCUACUUGAGGCGUCCCCAAA